CUCCGCCACCACACUGCCGCAGACGCCAUCCGCUCGUUAUAAUUCUGUCUCUGUUAUCAGGCGUGCGACGCGUUGUUGUUGUGCGUGCGUGACCGAUCGCGUCCAUUUACCCCGUGUGUCCCCGAGACACGAUAUCAUCAUCAUAUACAUAUCCACCGACCACCACACAUAUACUCACAGCUCGCACACAUACGCGCGCGCGCAUACGAGAAUCCUUUUUUCGUUACAAGAGAUAUAGUUUUUUUUCCCUUAAAAUUAGUGAAAACCAUGAGCAUUACCGUUGCGGUGAACGCGACCGACGGUGCCAACGGUCCGCAAGCAGCCGUUUGUCAAUCGGCGGCGCAACACAACAAUUGUGGCGACUACAACGGUGGCAGCGACGGCAGCGGCGGCGGCGGCGGCAUCAGCAUCGACGGCGGCGGAAUCGGCGUCGGCAGUGCCAACGACGACACGGCCGUUUUUAACCACGAAAAUGAGGAUAAACGACGCGAACAGCUUGAAAAACAUUGUUUAAACCUUUUAAAUCAAAAAGACAAGGAGUGCAUUAAAUUACGUGAAUUUAUUAGAAACAAAGAAUUAAAUGAAGCAAAUGAAGUGCAAAAAUGGGAAACAAAAUGGAAUUCUCUUAUGUCAUACAUUCGUACAGUAUACCGAAUGGCUAUGGAUGGUGUUGAAGUUGAACGCUAUCCACCCCAUAAUAUAUUUAAAGAAGCCGCUUAUGAAUCUAAAAGUUGUGAUUCUUAUCAUGUAUUUCAAAAUGUAGAAAACCUCGUCAUGGAAUUUGUAUUAGAAGCCAGGUCUAGGCAAGUGCAAAUACUAGAAAAAAAGAAUAAAGAAACGCCAGAAAUGCCUCAAGUCUUUGUAUUUUGUUUAUUAGACAGCUAUCGAAGAUUAAUGGCUGCUACUGAUCAUUUAAAAGAGGUUAUUAAACCUAUUGAAGAAUAUCAUUUAUCAAAAUUUAAUUUAUCGUGGCGAAUGAUGAAUCAAUAUUUGUAUCACAGUCGACUUUAUGCUGAUAGAACUAUAUAUCAUCUUGUAACUACAUUUAUAGAACAAAUUUUAUCAAUACCAAUAUUGUCAAAGUCGUUAUUGAGUGCUAGUUUAAUUCAUGAUUAUACAAAAUUUGUAAAAGAGGUAAAACUUAAUAUAUCAGAAUGGGCUGAAGCAAGGACAUGUAUUCAUAAUAUAAAAUGUAAUGAAGUUUGGGCUAUGGGUGCUAAAAAAUAUAAAGAAACUAUGUUAAAAGAAGAAAAUGAAUUGUUUUCUUCAUCACUGCCACCAAAUGAUGAUUUUGUAAUAGAUCUUACCAUCCCAACUCCACCUCAAUCACCAGCUCCUGAGUAUCAAGAAAGAGUAGAUAAUGACAAUUGUGAAGAUAUAGAAGAUGACGGUGUUUCUAAUUUUUGUGAUUGCAUACACACUGUGGAAACUCGAAAAAAUUCUUCAGUGGAUUUUGAUCAGUAUGUGCAUCAUGUAAAAUUUACUAAUUUACAAGAAACUGAAGAAAUCAAUUCAAUUACUUUUUCCUAUUCUAAUAUGAAAGAAAAAAUGCUAUGUUUUUAUAGUGGCGAAACAUUUACUGAUGAAGAUGAAAAGCCAGUAUUAACAGCAAAUAUUACUAAAAAUCUUGGGAAAAAGGUACUUAAUUCAGAUGCUCAAAUCAAGUCUAAACCGGUGGUUAAUGUAAAAUGUCCAUCAAAUAUAGACAGAAAUGUAACAUGUAAAGUAGAAAUAGAACAGUUACCUAAAAGACGAUAUCCAUAUCCACAAGUAAAUAAACCUACAGAGCCAACAGUUAAAUCCAACAAUCGUCCAGUGCAUGGUCAUUCAUGUCAUAAACAUACUGAACAUGUAAAACGUAUGCAUCACCACGAUGAAACAUCAGAAUGUAGUUCAGGUCGAUCAAGUCAAGAUGAUAGCUGCUCUGAGCGUUCUUCUUCAAGUCCAAGGCAAUGUGACUGUUGUUAUUGUGAAGUUUUUGGCCAUGGAGUUCCUUCUGUUGCACCAGUUAGUCGUAAUUAUCAAGAAAUGAGAGACCGAUUGAGAAAUCUUUAUUUGUUAAAAAAAGCCAAACAAACUAAUGAAACAAUCAAACAAAAACAAAAAGAACCUAAUGUGCAUAGACCACUUCCUGUUCAUCCACCUAAACAUCUUCCUCAAACAGUAGCUGAUAAAACUGGUGCUGGUAGUGGAGUUCAACAACAAAAAGUAGAGCCAUUAAUUGUAACCAAAGUUAUAAAUGAAAAAAUGAAAUAUAAUAAUGAAAAUAUUCCCGAAAACUUUAUUAAAGAAUUAUCUGAAAAGCCAAUUGAUGAAAUAGUCAAUUUCAUUGAAGGAAAUAAAGCAAUUAAUGAAAAAAGAGCGGCAAAAAAAGCUAGACGUAGAGAAAAAAAAGAGGAAAUGGAGAGAAUAAAAAGAGAAGAAGAAGAGGCUGAACGUAAGAGGAUUGAAGAAGAACAUAAAAAACAAGAAAUAGAAAGACUGAAGCGUGAGGAAGCAUUAAAAAAAGAAAAGAAAAAAGGAAAAAAUCAAAACAAACAGCAAAAACAAAGUCAGCAGCAAAAACAAGUUACUAAUUCUAAGACUCAGCAAAUAACCAAGCAGCAAGUACAGCAAAAUACUCAAUCUUCUAAAAAGAAAAACAAGCAAUCUCAGGGAAAUGGUAAUAAAGAAAAUAUAUCAACUAAAAUAGAUGAAAAAUGUAAAAAAGAUGACGUGGAGGGUGCAAAAAUGGUAACAAUAAAGAGAGAUUCAGAUAGUUCUAAAGUAACCAUUACUUUUAGAGGAGCAGUUGAAGAUGAUGUUUUGUGCACUUUAUAUGACAAUGAAGCUAUUAAAGCAAUUCAGAGAUUAUGUGAUAAAAGUAAACAACCUCAAAAUAAAAUAGAAGAAAAACCCAUUAAAAAAAGAAGUAGAAAUCGUAAAAAGAAACAAACUGAACCUGAACCUAAACAACUUGAAACUCAACUUAAUUCAAAACCAGUAGAAAGUGUCUUGAUUACUAAUAAAAAUGCACCAAAGUUACCAACAAAUAUGAAAUGGUAUUGUUCGCCAGAUGUUAACAUUAUACCAGUACCAAAUACUUCAAAUUCUGUUCAACAAAAACCUAACACAGUGUUAAUAAAACGAAGUAAUAAUAAUCAAGUAUUCACACGCCCUCUACCACCACCAUCACAGCCAAUGCCACUUACAAGUCCAACUGCUAUACAAAUAAAUGAAGCUGUUAAUAAAAUAUCUUCAUCAUCAGCUCCUAUUGAUAUUGAUAAAUUACAGUUACCACCUGGAAUUACUAUUACUAAACUUGACCCUUCUGAUUAUAAACCACCAAGAGACAUUCAACAGUCGGCUGAAAAGCCUAAACCUGCACCAACAUCGCAACAAUUUCCAUUUGCCACUCCUGCUGCUAUGACACCUUUUACUAUGCAGCAAAAUGCUCAAAAUAAUGUUGUAGUUGUUAAGACUGAUGGUUAUGAUUAUGAAGGAUCAACUGAAUGGAGUGGUGCAGCAAGUAAACGUCAUAGACGUCGUAAGAAAAUCAAUGGAGGUACUUCAGAUGACACCAACUCAGAAAAUAUUCAACCAGGUUUUACAAUAACUCAAAAAUCAUCAACAAGAGAUCCAUGUAGUGAAGAAGAAAGCGUGUUCGAGCCAAAAGACAUAGACCUGGAGGAUGGAGAGAUGGAUGAUGAUGAACGAGAAUUAGAAGCAUUUAAGCGGUUUUGCUUGCAGUCGGUGCCGCCACAGCGCAAAGAAAAAGUACACCUGAACAUCAAGGACAUAGUUUUGAAGAAAAAGAGUACCGCCGCGGCAGCAGCUGCUGCAGUUGGGUGUGUGUAACAUUACAUUUUAUCACUCCUUUCAAAUACGUUGUGUUCUUUAGAUCCCUCAUUAUUUUUCAUAUUCAACUGUAAGUCUUGCAGUGUUUCAUUGUCUCUCUUUUGAAAAACCUAUUUUCCUUUUUUUUUAUAUGUCUGACGUGAUUCGUAUUUUAAGUUAAACUUACAAUUUAAGUAAUUUUUAGACCCAGACUUAACUUAUAAGUAUAUUUUUUUUUUUUAAUGUUACUAUGCAUGAUAUAAUUUGUGCUGUAUCAGUGAAUGUUUCAAACAAUUGAUGUAGAACCAAAACCAUUGAGCACAUUUAAAAUGAUUAUUUAAUAUUAUAAUAAAUGGUAUUUGAAUAUAUAUGUAUAUGUAUAUUAUA